AUGGAAUCAAAGAAUUCUAAUGUUGAUUUAGCACUUGCAAAAGAUAAACGUGCUGAGGGUGGUAAAAUCUCAAAGAUGCAAAAAGCUUUGUUCAAAAAAGCAAAUGAGCUUUCCAUUUUAUGUGGAAUUCAGAUUGCUAUCAUCAUCCUCUCCAUCGAUCGUCAACCAAUUGUAUUUGGAAAGCCUGAUGCGGAGUCUGUUAUCCAUCAGUUUUUAGAGGCCAACCAUCCAACCGCACCUCGAUUUUACAUGAAGAUGAAAAAGAAGGAAGAAGAAAAUAAGGAGAAAGGAAAAUCCGUUGAAGAUAAUAUAACACAUCGACAAUCAGAAGAUUUUGAGUCUCCUUAUUUGGGAAGUCUUCUAAAGUUGUACGAAGGGCUCAUAGAAUUUGAAAAUCAAUUGACUAAGGAGAUUGAUCUCACACAAUUGAAUCAAGAGAUUCAAAAGAAUGAAGAUCCAAAAUUUACACCUGAAAUGAAUGUGGCUAGUUCUUCGACUUUACCAACUAAUUUUAGUCCCUAG